AUGGCCCGCCUCGUCUCAGUCCUUGUGGCGCUCCUCGCCGUGGCAGUCGCCGCGACGGCGCAGGCACCGGGCGCCGUGCCCGCCGCGUCGCCGAAGCACGCGCCGGCCCCAGCGCCCCCCAAGAUGGCCCCGCUGCCCCCACCGCCGGCCAGGGCCCCGACUGCCGCGUCGCCGAUGGCCUCCCCGCCCGCGCCGCCGACGGAGACCCCCGUCUCCGCUCCCUCCUCUGCCGUCCCGGCGUCAAGCCCCGUCGGAGCCGGAGCCGCGCUGUCCCCGUCAGGAGGAGUUCUGCCCCCUGCCGCCGCACCCGUCGCGGCCGCUGGCUUCUUCUCCGCCUCCGCCAGCUUCGUCACUGUCGCCGGUGCGGUGGCCGCCGCAGUCGUGUUCUAG